AUGGAGGGUGCAGAUUACCAGUUGCCUUCUGCCAACUCAGCCAGUGUUGCCCUUCCUUCUCCUUCUUCCUCUUCCAGUGAUGAAGCUGACAUUAUGGCUUUCAAUGGGGAGCUGGACUUACAACAUUACUCUAAUGGACCAGGGGGGGGCGGAGGGGAGGCUCGUCCUUAUCCCUGCCCUAUCUGUGGCAAGCGUUUCCGCUUCAACAGCAUCCUGGCAUUGCACACUCGCAUCCACACCAGCUCCUAUCCACUCACUUGUCCCUACUGUGGCCACCAGGCAGGGCAGCGUGCCAGUUUACGUCUCCACCUACGCUCCCAUUGUCCUGAGGCCCACACCCGGCUCAGUCACCAGAGCCGCUUGCUGCUUGAAUUGGAAGAGCGGGCACUUCUGCGGGGUCAAGAAGAGGAAAAGGAGGAGGAGGAGGAGGAGGAGGAGGAGGAAGAAGAAGAAGAAGAAGAAGAGAUGGUUGCUCCUAUUCCACCCCAACCUCUACCCACCUUUCACUGCUCUUUCUGCAAGGGCAAGUUUCGUACUGCAGGAGAGCGUGAGCGCCACCUUCGCAUCCUCCAUCAGCCGUACAAAUGUGGGCAAUGUUCUUUCGCUGCCACACAGGAGCCAGAAUUGCAGUGGCACAACCAACAGGUUCAUAACUCCCCAGCAACUUGGACACCCACCCCUCCUGCCCCUGUGCCCACCACUACAGUUCCACCCACCCCUCCUGCUUCCACACCCACUCCUUCCUCCUCUGCCUCCACCCCUACGGAGUUCCGCUGCCAGGUCUGUGGUCAAGCCUUCACCCAGUCCUGGUUCCUUAAGGGUCACAUGCGGAAGCACAAAGACUCCUUUGACCAUAAGUGCCAGGUGUGUGGGCGUGGCUUCAAGGAACCAUGGUUCCUGAAAAACCACAUGAAGGUUCAUCUCAGCAAGUUGGGCCUCCAGGGUGAACAAAGAGGACCAGGACCAGGUCGGUCAGCGCAGAGCUUACUCGUGGGUUGUGAGGCCCUGUAUCCAUCUCUCCUUUCUCCUCGCCCCACAGACAAAGCCAGUACAGGCAGUUUCCUGGGUUACAGUGAUGCAAGCUGUGCUGAACGACUGCAGGCCACAGCUCGCGCCGUGGAGAGUAGUCAGCAGUGGAGGGAACGUUCUUAUGUAGUAGGGUCCAAGCUUGUGAGAGAAGACUCAGGAGGGAACCAUCGCUGCCCAGACUGUAACCGGACCUUUGGUACAUUCCAGCAGAUGGCCUUGCAUCGGCAAAGCCACCUCACCCGUGAGAGAGAAUGGAACAAGGGACAGUCACUGGGUUCUCACCUUCUCAGUGGACAUUGGCUUCCAACAAAUGUGAGAGCUUCUACUGCAGCCAACACCAGCUCAGCUCUGCUCACCCAGAAGGAAAAAGAAAUACAGGGUCAGUCACACUUGGAUGGAUCCCGACGAAGCACUGGGAAAGACUGUCCAUUCUGUGGGAAGUCCUUCAGAUCUUCCCACCAUCUCAAAGUUCACCUCCGUGUCCACACAGGUGAGCGCCCAUACAAGUGCCCUCACUGUGACUAUGCCGGCACUCAAUCUGGUUCGCUCAAAUAUCACCUGCAGCGCCACCACCGGGAGCAAAAGAGCGCUGCUGCUGCUGCAGCUGCUGCAGCUGUAGCAACAAUGGAACAGUGCCACUUGCCCCUGGCCCCUACUGCAAUCCCUGCCUUUCCCCCUACACAGCUCACUAAGAGCCAUGGGUCCUUCCUUCCUCUAGGUGGUGUGGGGACAGCUCGGUCCCGCCAGUCCCGCCGCAAGUCACUGCUGAACGGGAAGGCUGAUUUCCAGCCACUGGAUCUUUCCCUACGUCCAGCCCUGGCAGGAGGAGCCCUCCACCGUUGCCAGUUUUGCCCCUUUGCCACCUCAGCUCCUGAGCUUAUGGAAUUACACCUUCAAGUCCAUCACAGCAGGAAAGCUCGUACCCGUCGUUGCUCUCACACAGCUCCUAAAGCCCAAGUGAAGUUGGAGGAAGAAAUAGUUGAGCUGAAAGGACCAGAAUCCCCAAGCCCAAAGGGGGAGAUUUCCAAGUCACACAAUUUCUGGUCCUCUAAAGAUCAGGAAGACUCUCGCCGUCUCAAGUUGCCUCAGGGGAAACAGAGUUCUGAGGGAGCAAUAAUUGCCAGCCUUUCUUCUGAAGCUGCACUGAAUCAGCAAGGAUGGGAGAACCUAUCACAAGACUCUGAGGAGCCAAGGCCUCAGAAGGAAUUGUCUGGCCCACUGGUCCAAAAAGGGCCACAUCAGGAGGCUUCAAAGACAGGCCAAGGCCUCAUGGAAUUACAGCUGGAGCCAGUACAAGCCUGAGUCUAUUCUGCAUAUAUAAACCAGUUCCGAAUCUGUUUAGCUGUCAUGAUGACUCUCAACCAAGGGAGCUGGGAAUUGUAGCUCUGUUCUAUCUAUUGGAUAAUAAUAAUUCCAGUUCUUUGGGAAGGACUUGAUGGGCAGAUAAAAAUGCCAAAUCCAGUCUAAAGAUCUGGCUGACUGUGUGACAAAACCAUAAUUAAUAAGAAUGCAUACAAAGCUAUAUUUCCCAAAGUUCAUAGGCAGGGGCUUUGCAGAGCCCAUAGCAUAGUGGUAGAACACAUGCUUUGCAUGCAUUAAAGUUCCAGAUUCAAUAUUUGCUU